AUGCUCGCCACUACUCUGCGCCCAGCGCUCCGUUCCCGUCACCUGAUCGCACGCGGAUUCGCGUCAUCCGCCUUGCUGCGUGCUCCCAAUGGCAAGGUCUACCCAUCCGCCGCCGAGGCGGUCGAGGCCGUCAAGCCCAACGACAUUGUCCUCUCCGGCGGCUUUGGUUUGUGUGGCCUGCCUAGCACUUUGCUCGAGGCUCUCUCUCAGCGCAAGGAUGUGACAGGUCUCACCGCUGUAAGCAACAACGCUGGUGUUGAGGAGAAGGGUCUCGGCAUGCUCCUCAAGACUGGACAGCUCAAAAAGUUGAUUGCCAGCUACGUCGGCGCGAGCAAGAUGCUCGAGAAGAUGUACCUGACGGGCUCUGUCGAGAUGGAGCUCACUCCGCAGGGCACGCUCAGUGAGCGUAUCCGCGCUGGAGGAGCUGGUAUUCCUGCCUUCUUCACGCCGACUGGCAACCGCACCGCAGUGCAGUACGGUGAGGUCGCGACUCGCAACGAUGAGAAUGGCAAGCCGGUCACCUUCCCCGAGCCUCGUCGCGUCGAGGAGUUUGAUGGUCGCGAGUACAUCAUGGAGCGCGCCAUCAAGGGCGAUGUGGCCCUCAUCCGCGCCUGGAAGGUCGACGAGGCCGGAAACGCCAUCUUCCGCUACACGGCCCACAACUUCUCGGGGGCCAUGGCGCGCAGUGCCAAGAUUACGAUUGUCGAGGCCGAGGAGAUUGUACCUGUUGGAGAGCUGCACCCAAUGCAGAUCCACGUCCCAGGCGACCACCCCAAGGAGAUUGAGAACGUUACACUGGCUCCAGAGCCAGGACAGGAUGGCGGUGACGCCCUCGGAGCCGGUGACGCUCGUGCUAAGCGUGAAAUGAUUGUCAAGCGCGCCGCACAGGAGCUCAAGGAGGGGUGCUAUGCCAACCUUGGCAUUGGCAUGCCUACUCUUAUCCCAGACUUCCUCCCUGAGGGCCGCAAGGUCUGGCUCCAAAGUGAGAACGGCAUCCUUGGCAUGGGUCCUCUCCCGACCAAACAGCAGCUGGACGCAGACAUUAUCAACGCAGGCAAGGAGACCGUCACACUGGUGCCAGGUGCAUCUGUCUUUGACUCGGUGGAGUCGUUCGGCAUGAUCCGUGGUGGCCACGUCGACGUCGCGGUCCUCGGAGCUAUGGAGGUGUCGGGUGCCGGCGACCUGGCAAACUGGAUCAUUCCUGGCCGGCUGGUCAAGGGAAUGGGUGGAGCAAUGGACCUCGUCAGCUCACCUGAUGCUACAAAGGUUAUUAUCACAACCGACCAUUGCGACAAGAAGGGUAACCCAAAGAUCGUCGAGAAAUGCUCUCUUCCCCUCACUGGCGCUCGCUGUGUCAGCAUGAUCAUCACCGAGCUCGCAGUGUUCGAAGUAGACCGGGAGAAGGGCGCCCUUACGCUCACUGAGCUCAUGCCUGGCGCAACACUCGAGGAGGUCAAGGCCAAGACCGGUGCCAAAUUCGCAGUCUCCCCAGAUCUCCACGAAGUUCAGAUCUAG